GAUCUACUCGCCAGAAAAGACCGAGAGAUCGUGACCAAAAAUGGCUUCAAUACAGGCUCUCAGCUCAGCCGCGCAGGACAGAAAAGCCCGUCUGGCGCAGCUCAAAUCGCUCAAACGCAAGCAGCCAGACACAACCGAAGACCAGCAAGAUGAAGCAGCACCAACACCCAAGUCACCACGGCAGGACUCUACACUUGAGGGCUCAGACGUGACCUCCAAAUAUCUCUCAGGAAGAAACUAUGACGCAGAAACGCGAGGAGCCAAACUAGGCUUUGAAACAGCACCAGACGAAGGGAAAGAAACACUCGAAAAGAAAGCCGCAGCCCUCGCCGCAGAGACCAAGCGACAAGCAGAGGAGGAAGAAAAAGCCAACCAACCUCUCGACCUCUUCAAAAUCCAGCCCAAGAAGCCGAACUGGGAUCUCAAAAGAGAUCUAGAUCGCAAACUCGCCGUCUUGAAUGUCCGCACUGACAACGCUAUUGCGCGGCUGGUCAGAGAGCGAAUUUCAGGUCAACAAAAAGCUGCGCAAGCCCGAGCGGCGCAGGCCGCUCACGGGAGCACAAAUGGUGGUCAGCAGUCAUCGUCACAAAGUGGAGAUGUUGAAGCCAUGGGUAUCGAAGGCACAACUCUUGUCGAAGCAACAAAUGUCAGGGAACGCGAGGACGAAGAGGACGCGAGACGGGAACGUGAGGAGGAAGAGGCACUUCUUGAUGGAAGCUGAGUGGGACGGUUGGGUGGUCAGCAAGGCCAGCAGGAGAUCCACCCUUGUGCACGUGAUGGUCGCACGUUUCUACUCUGAAAGAAUCCAGGUUAACUCGCCGAACUGAGCGACGUGCAGGAGCGCGACCGUUCUCGAACAUGACCGGGCCCGGGUCAAGAAGGGCUAAGGGUCGUCGAGCGGAGGGGUCCAAAAGAAGCCGUGAAAUUAUUUUCCUCGCGGUAGUCGCGGCUGCUGCUUAGCGAAAUGCGUGCGAUCAUCGCAUGAUGAAGCGUCAGCGUGAACCGCCGCUUUGCAAUGCGACACACGGAUAAUUUUCUUGACUG